AUGGCCCUUAGCCAACGGCAUCUUCUGCUCGCUGGCUUCAGUGGUUUUGUCUCCUGGGGCUUGGUUGUCAACUGGGUACCCUUCGCGCGUUAUCUAGGGUGGGCGUUUGUCGCCGGUGUUCUUGUCACCUGUGUGUGCAUUUGCAGCGCAAUACUACUGACAGUCAAAACGAAAUCGGAAUAUAUCGAAAGACGUACAACAGUACCCAAUUUACGAUUUCUCGCAGCCGACGCCUGGUCUGAAGAAGUCAGUAACUACCGGAAAGCUACCGAAUAUGAACCAAAAUCUUUAUACCCUCAAUCAUUCGUGGUGUCGGAAGCUAUCGAUGAGCUCCUACAACUUGCCUCUCGAGACUUUAUCAGGUCUUGGUAUGGACACAUUAGCAAAAACCUCGCCUUUAUCAAUGAGAUAGACAGGGCCCUGCGCAUAGCUCUCGAAAGCAUCCGUGACCGACUUUCGAGCGAAGAUGUGACAUCCCUCGUUGUGUCGCGAAUCGUGCCCAUCUUGACUACCCAUCUCAAGGAUUUUGACCGAGCCGAAAGAGCUAUCAGAGGGCGGAAUUUAGCUCGGAGUGUGACAGAAUCCGAAGAACUAGGACUGGCGAUUGCCAGCAAAUACCGCGAUGGGAGGCUUCAUCCGGCUGUCGCAGUUUCUCUUGCAGACCAGAAAACAAUUCAGCAAGACUACGUUCGCAAGCUGGUUAUGGGACUACUACCACAACUUCUUCCCGAUAAUCUAUUGACAAGUCGCGCAGUGUCUGUUUUGAUUAGAGAGAUUGUCGCGUGUGCCGUGCUCCUUCCCGUGAUAACUCUUUUGUCCGAUCCAGAUACGUGGAACCAGAUACUAGAGACAUAUGGGCGAACCGCGUUGAACGACCGUAAAACAGUAAAGAAGCUUCGUGCCGCUCUUGACAAACAUGCGUCGCCAUCCAAACCAAAAGGGUCGCCUUCCUUUCCUCGACUUGGUCCAAAUGACUCCGAGCGAGCUUUCGAACGAUUUGUUAGGGCGAUCAGGCGCUGCAAUAAUCUGUCCGACGCCAGGCAAUUUCGUGCCCAGGUUGCAAGUCAAUUGAAGCGGGAGAGUAUGGUCGAAGGACAAGAUCAAGUCUAUAUCAGGCGUCUUGAGACCGGUAAACGUGUCUUAGACCAAAAGGUUUCUAAGCUGGCAGCUAAUGCCAGUAUUCGUCGUCCUGCUGCACCAUCGAAGCCGGAAUUCAGACGUGAUAGCGUGCCAAACCACAAGGACGUCUCGUUGGUUGAUUUGAUGCGCAAUGCCUCGGGCUUAUCGUAUUUUAUGGAGUUCAUGGAUCGCCAGAAUAAAAUGAGCCUUGUACAGUUCUGGAUAGUGGUAGAUGGAUUUCGCAAUCCCUUAGAGGACGACUUUGGCGACGAGAGCUCCACGUCCUCUGCAGCCUGGACAUCUGCCGAUGUUAGUGAUAUGGUUCUCAUCAAUGAAAAUUAUCUGUCAAAACCCGAAUUGAAUGUACUAGAGGAGUCCCGAGAUGCAGUUAAGGCCUUCCUAAAAGCUGGAAAAAGAGCAAGCCCGGAACAAUAUCGGAAAGCCAGGACCGCUAUACUGAUGACCCAGUCUACUAUUCUAGAAGAGAUGGAGAGCAAAUACUAUCCCAAGUUCAGGGACUCGGAUCUAUUUUACAAAUAUCUCGCGUCUGAUGAAACCUCACUUGCGGCGACCGAACAAGAAGCCCCGCUUCGAGCUUCGACCCCGGAACCUCAGCAUCGUGAACGUCGACCACUUCCGCCACUUAUGACUCGGACUCAGUCUCAGCCUAGCAUGCAAAAGCCAAAGGACCUCCGGCGAGCGGCAGUUUCCAAUGAUGUGCAAAGCAAUGGCAAGCUUUUUGAUGAUGUCGAAUCAUCCCCUAGGCGGUCGGUUGACUCGGACAGAUCAGCACGACUCUUCGAUGAUGAUUAUGAUACGGAUCCCCUUUCAUAUAGCUUCAGCAUGAGCUCUCAGAAUGGAGAUGCAGAAGCGAAGAACACAGAGGUCAUUGAGAAUAUGGAGCAAGCGCUUAACGAAAUCAUUGUGGAUCAACCAAACGGAAAGUCAGAGGAUCCAAGACUAUUUAGUGCCGUGUCUUCAUCAUCAUUGUUUCCGGAUGCAGAACAAAGCGAAUCAAGAAGUUCUUUAGACACUUCUCGAAAUGAUGUGCGACUGGGAGAAAGGAAUAAACCAAGCAUAUCUUCUCUGGGGUUGAUUGGAAACCCUUCAAGGACGGGUGUAUUCGAAGACGAACUCUUUCCCGAUGAGAAAAAAUUCAUUGAAGACGAAUACGCUGACCCAGAAGGAGAUGAAAAGGAUCCGGAGGAUGAGAUUCACCAAGCAGCCCCUGGCGAUCUUGGCUUGACAGAAGCCAUUGUAGCGUUGACCGAGGAGAUUGAGAAAUUAAACGCCCAGGAGUCGGUGUUGGAUACUUUGACACGAAAAGCAGAGCUCACCAACAACACGGCUGAAUUGCGAAUUUUAAGCAAAUCCAAGGCAAGUAUCCAGCGCGAAAUUCGCCGCAAAGAGAUGCAGAGACAGCAAUACGUUAUCCAGGAAAGCGACAACAGUCUUUAUGGUCGCUCUACCAUCCAUAUUCCGUCUAUUAUGGUUGGCAAAGAGGAGGACGGGAAUGAAUUCGCAAUCUACGUGAUUGAGGUACGCCGAAAUGCUGGAGAACAGAUGCCUGCAGCAUCUUGGGCCGUACCGCGUCGAUACAGCGAAUUUCAUGAGCUUCAUCAGAAAUUGCGCAUGCGCUAUCCAUCGGUGCGACAACUAGAGUUUCCACGUCGACGAAUGAUGAUGAAAUUGCAAAAAGACUUCCUUCAGAAGAGACGCGUAGCACUAGAAACUUACUUGCAACAACUACUCCUGCUACCCGAAGUAUGUCGAAGUCGAGAUUUACGAGCCUUCUUGUCACAACAAGCUCUUUUACCUCACGGCGCACCGGCCUCUGAUGGAGAAACUAAGGAUAUUGUAUCCCGGAUCUACAAUUCAGUUGCUGACGGCAUGGAUGACUUUUUGGGCAAUAUCACAAUGCUAGAUCAGCUUUCCACGGCUGGGCAAAAUCUUAUCUCCGCCGCGACAAGCCAACUGACCGGACCAGAACCUGCGCUUGCUACUGAAGAUGCAAUGACUGCUGCUGAAGCUGAAGCUGAGCUGAACGCCUUUGAGGAUCGCGAGCUCGAACCAUUCAUCAAGCCCAUUUGCGAUCUUUUCUUGGAAGCAUUUGAGCUCAAUCGUGGGAACAACUGGCUCCGUGGCCGCGCAGUCGUUGUGGUCCUUCAUCAACUUCUUGGCGGGACUAUAGAACGGAAAGUCCGCGACAGUGCGAAAUCGCUUGUGGAAGACGAUAAUUUGCUUCGGUACAUGACCCUUGCCAAGGCCACGAUGUGGCCUGGCGGUGUGAUGAGAAAGCCUGUAGUCCGCACGUCAUCACAGAAAUCCAAGUCAAAGAAUGAAGCCAGCUUUAUGAUGGCUGCUCUUAUACCUGAUUUAGCCGGCAAUGUUGUUGGCAGGGCUAAUGCCCAAUCAGCAUCACGAAAGAUAUAUGAUAUUCUCAACAACCCGCACUUAAAUGCCCACCUGGUCUUUACUAUCCUGGAUGAAAUAGUCCUUGUUUUGUUCGGAGGAACAGAUCCAGGACGCAGUCGGCAACAAUCAAUAGCCUAG